AUGGAGGUCAUCCAAACACACCCCACCAACGCCCUGCAGGCAAAAGCCUUCACCGCACCUGGGUCGCUAUCGUUCCCUACUGGCCACAGCGAGCUGACGCCUCCGCUCGAAAUCUCGGGCACCAGCAGCAGCCAGCAGCAGUCGUUCGGCUCAGCCAGUGAUCUGUCACAAAUUGGCGCCGAUGCUGCCGGCGCUUCGGGUGCUGAGGUGGCUCCAGCAACUCCGGUUGCGACGCCUGUUGCGAUGCACAGUGGGAGCGGUUUGACACCGACUUUACAAAACAUUGUCGCUACGGUCAACCUUGCCUGCCGUCUUGACUUGAAGACCAUUGCUUUGCACGCCCGCAACGCCGAGUACAACCCAAAGCGUUUUGCGGCAGUUAUCAUGCGCAUCCGCGAACCCAAGACGACAGCCCUGAUCUUCGCCAGCGGAAAGAUGGUGGUGACUGGCGCCAAGUCGGAGGACGACAGCAAGCUGGCUUCACGCAAAUAUGCCCGGAUCAUCCAGAAGCUGGGCUUCAAUGCGAAGUUUACCGACUUUAAGAUCCAGAACAUUGUCGGUUCAUGUGACAUCAAAUUUCCCGUCCGUCUCGAAGGCCUGGCCUCACGCCAUCACAAUUUCAGCUCCUACGAGCCCGAGCUCUUCCCCGGUCUGAUCUACCGGAUGAUUAAGCCCAAGAUUGUGCUGCUCAUCUUUGUGAGCGGGAAGACAGUGCUCACCGGCGCAAAAGUCCGCGAGGAGAUCUACCAGGCCUUUGAGAUGAUCUAUCCUGUGCUGCAAGAUUUCCGCAAGGUGUAG